AUGAGUGGUGAUUUAGGCGCAAAUUUCCAAGAGAAUGAUUUUAUGAGCGGGCUCGAAGGGAUUUCAAACAUCGACCGAGAAACCCUAGACCAAGCCCAGCAGUUUUAUACUUAUUUUAAGCAGCAUGAUCCACAUUGAAGCGAAACCAAAGCAAACAACGUCAAAAGGUGCUCAAUUCUGGUAGCAUCGAAAUCUGUUAUUCUUCAUACAAUUGAUGGUGAAGAAAUCAAAGGAGAUAUGCUAAGCCUAUCUCAAAUAAUCCGUGCUUCUUCUAAUGUUGAUAUGCACUCCAUAGUACACCAACUCAAAGAGUUUGUUUCAAUUGUAAAAAUCCCUGACCCUCUGUUACAAGAUAUUCAAGGUCUAAUGAAGAAUUUUGCGAUUUCUUCGUUAAUUUAUAAAAAAUUCCAAGAAAAAUGAAAGCAGCUAUUUUUUUUUGUAUAGUUAAGGAUGAUUGUAAUAAUUUAUAGAGACCAAUUUUUUAGAAUAGAAUAGGCUUUGACUGUAUUUUUUUAUGGAAAAUAAAUAUCCCAAGGGAUAAAUUUUCAAGGAGAUGUUGAUCAUAUUCAUCAAAUUUUUCAAACAUCAUGGCUGCUAAUAAUUACAGCUAGAGCUUACUUAUUAAACCGAAGUGAAGAUAUUUUCCAAUGCGGAUGCUUAAUUAUUGGGGUAUUAAACUUAGUCAUUACGAAUUUACCUCAUUCAAUAACAACAAGCUUGAACACAGAAAUUUUGCCUAACCUUUGUUCGCUUUUUCAAGCACAAGUAGAGCAAGCCUUGCCGUGGCUGGAAAGCCUUAAUCGAUUUUUCGCAGAUUUAAAGGCAAAAGGAGUUGUUAAAGCUAAAGGUGAUAGCCAGACAAGGAUUUUCUCAGAAAAUGUGAUAAACUUCAAUAUCACAAGCUUAGGAAACUAUUAUCAGAAAUCAGUUCACCUCAAUGAUUUUGACGAAAGAGAUCUAUCAGGCCCUAGCACCAAAAUAGCAACACCUAUGAAAAAUCGAAUAGGUUUGACUCCAUUUACAAGGAGAGGAAUCAUUAAAAAAGGAAUCACUGGAAGAACUCUCCACUGGGACGAAAAUGAAAAAAAAAUCGACAUAAAUUCAAAUUUGCGUGAAAUUCCUGUCCCCACUUCGCCGUUUGUGAUACCACCAACUCCUAUGACUUCUGCUAUGGAAAUGAAUUCCUGGCUUUCUAAUGUGCUAGAUGAAAACUACGAAAAUGAGAUGGAAGAAAUUUGUGAAAGAAUCAGCCCAGGACUGAUUGAUGAAGUUGAGUCAAGAGUGGAUAGGCAAAGCCAUAUAAUAGAAGAACUAUUUGCAGAAAGAGGAGUUAUUAGCAUUAAUGGGAAUGACAGGGCUUUUAUUGCGCAAUAUUUCGAAGCAGCUGAAGGAUUAUUGGCACCUACGGCCCCAAAAAGAAAUCAUAAAGUGCAAGAAAUUAGAAAACUAUAUGAGUUCUUUUUAUUUAAAAUGGUAAAAGAGCAAGAAGAAAACAAAUCAGGCCCUGAAAAUGUCACAGAAAUAAUGAAAAAUGAUACAUUCCACCAAUCACUUUAUGCAUGUUGCUUAGAGUCAAUUUUAUACUCCUAUAAUGUCACUUCUAUUUCUUUCGAUGAAGUUUUGCUCUAUACUAAUGUGCUGCCUUUUGAGUUUUGGAAGCAAAUCAAUAAAUUUGGAACAAUUGAUAAAACUAUGCCACUGCAGCUGAAAAGGCACUUCAAAGAAAUCGAAGUAAAAAUUUUGUCCCAGCUGGCGUGGAGAGAAAAUAGCCCUGUUUAUAAAGUAAUUAAACAAGUAAUCGCAAAUGAUGGGUUAGCUGAUAUAAAACAUCAAUCAUUUGAUAUGUUUUUUAGAAGGUUUUUAAACCAAGCUGCCCAAAAGGUUUUAGAUAUAACAGCCUCACUGAAUCUAGUUGAAGAAGUUAAGGAAAAAAUUUGGAAAACAAUAAAAUUCUUGUUAAGUGAAAAAACCGAAAUUUUAAUAAACAGGCAUCUUGAUCAGCUUAUUUUGUGUACAAUCUAUGGGGUUUGCAAAUUAUCCGCAUGCCCAAUGGUCUUCAGAACUCUUGUAGAUAAAUAUAGCACUAUUUAUAACGAAGAAGAAGGACUGUUUAAUCAUGUUUAUAUUGAUUCUGAGCAUAAUGAAGAUAUCAUUAAAUUUUAUAACAAAAUUUAUUUGCCUGAAAUGAAAGAUUAUUUAAGAACCAAUUGCUUUAUGGAGAUACCCAGAAUUGGGCAACUCUGUCCAGAAAGCCCGCUAAGAGCAAGUAUCCCUACUCCUCAGUUUGUUCCGCCUACUUUAGGAGUCACUACAAUGAUUUCUCCUAUUAGAUCUCCUUAUCUAACUCCCAGAACUAAAACAUUGUUCGCCACACUUGAAUCUCCUGCACAAGACAAUAAAGGCGUCAGUCUUGUAAUUCCUCAAAAAUCAUCAAGAGAGCUUGAUUUCGACAGAAACGGGCCCACAAAGAAAUUAAAAGUUUUCGCCCAAAUUUUUGAUAAACCUGAAAGCGAAAGUCUUGCUAUGCCUUCUUUGAAAAAAGAAUAA